AAGGUAUUGUUUUAUUUUUUUUCACAGAAAGUUUAGAUGAACUGCAAGGCAUGGUGAUUGAUCUUUUCUCUGGGGUUGUAAAUAAGAAUGUCACAGUACCAGAGUGGACAACGCACCCUUUUGGCCCAGAUCAGUGUCGGAAGUUAGGCCAUGUUGUGCCUGUUAAAGACAUCAGAAAUCUUUACAUCACAUUCCCUAUACCAGACCUACAUCCUCAUUACAAAACUGCACCUGGUCAUUAUCUGGGCCACCUGAUUGGUCACGAAGGUCCUGGUUCAUUACUUUCUUACCUGAAGGGCUGUGGUUGGGUUAAUUCUUUAGUUGGCGGACAGAAGUCAGGAGCAAAAGGUUUUGCAUUCUUUGUAGUGAAUGUGGACUUAACAGAGGAAGGCAUUGAGCAUGUAGAGGACAUAGUCACAGCUGUGUUUCAGUAUUUGAAUUUACUGAAGAAUCAAGGACCUCAAGAAUGGGUUUUUAAGUAAUGAAUGCAGAGACUUGAGUGCAAUGAACUUCCGAUUCAAAGAUAAAGAACGUCCUCAGUCCUAUGUUUGUGGGUUGGCAGAGCAGCUCCAUUACUAUCCCUUGAAAGAGGUGUUGUGUGGUGGCUAUCUUCUGUCUGAGUAUAAACCAGAAUUGAUUGAAAAAGUUCUUGAUUGCCUCACUCCUAGUAAUAUUAGGAUUGCUGUGGUUGGCAAGGUGUUGGCAGAUAAAGUAACGGAAAAGGAGAAAUGGUAUGGAACUGAAUAUAAGAUGGAUAAUCUUUCUAAAGAGCAGUUGGAUCUCUGGGAAUCUGCUGGCUCUAAUGAUCUUCUUCACCUUCCUAACAAGAAUGAGUUUGUUCCAUCAUCAUUUGAUUUGUUGAAGGAAGAAAAGGGAAUUAGCAGUUUACCAGAAAUGGUUAUGGAAUGUCCUUUGGCAAGGUUAUGGUACAAGCAAGAUGACGAAUUCAAAUUGCCAAAAGCUGUUGUAUAUAUGGAACUUUUUAGUCCUUUGGCAUACUUUGAUCCACAUCACACAAACCUGUUGCACAUGUUUGCGCAGUUAUUCCGGGAUGCUCUAACAGAGUACACCUACGCUGCAGAACUAGCAGGACUCACAUACUCCCUUUGCAACACAAAGAAUGGUUUAACGCUUUCAGUUAAAGGCUACAAUGAUAAGCUACAUGUCUUGCUGGAAAAGAUACUAGAGCGCAUGACUUCUUUCGAAGUGGACCCAAAACGUUUUGAAAUUCUUAAGGAUGCUGUAAGUAUAUAUACAUCUUUGCAAGAUAAGUCAGUGAAGAUAGUUGCUGUCUGUAUGGUUUUCCAUUUAAAAUUUAUAGCGCAUUUUAGAUUUUGUCCAUUUUUUCCUUUUUGGAUACUGUAUUCCUGUUGUUGAUUUUUAGUCCUGCAG